AUGGGAGCUAACAAGAUCAACGAUAUACAACAGCAGGUAGAGGAGUCCGACUUUUAUGUGGAGAAGAGGCCGAACAUGAACAUCCACAUAGACCAUCCAAGUCCUCCGCCUCCCAUGUGGAUCCUCUUCUACUUUCUUGGAUCUGUUGUCUUCGGGAUAUUGGCAUAUCUGUGCCACUACUCCCUAAUUUUGCCAAAGCUGAAGUCCUGCGGACAGAAUCAACUGUCUGUAGUCACCGAAAGACUUCUGCUGUGCUUUCUUUUUGGCGCCAUGAUCUGGUUCACAAUCCAGCUCAUACUGACAUACCUUUCAAUCACUUUGAAGAAGGUUGACGGGAAGCAGGGAUUUCUCCAGACCACACUGAUAAAGAACGGCUGGUUCAUAAGUCUUGUCCUUGGAUUGCUGGUUCUCUCCUUCAUUAUGGGAAGCUACAACCGCAGCAUAGAUGCAAUGAACACAGCAGAGGGCAUCGCUGGGGAAGAGAAAGGCCAGGCACCACAAGAGGCCCUUGCAGCCCUUAGCGAGCCGAAUACGUUGGCAGCAUUCGUCACAGACAAGCUGACGAGGCUUAUUCUUGCAAGCUUUGUAUUCCUCGGAAUAAUCCUGACAAAGACAAUUCUUAUGGAUAGGCUGAACUACAGGAUGCUCUUCGAGAAUUAUGAGUCCAGGAUCCAAAGCAACUACGAGGACAUGUGGAUCUUGGAACAACUAAACAGGAUAACCGGGAAGAGAAUGGACAUAGACACGGAGAGCUGGGCGAAUACUGUCUUCAAGACGAUUUCUCCAGAAAAGGAUUCUGUUGAUCUGCAGGUCCUCGAAUACUUCUUCGGAACUGAGCGUGCACAGAGGAUAUUUGAGCGCUUCAACAUAUAUGACGAUGGCAGGCUCACAAGAAGUAGCUUUGUUCUUGUCUACCAAGAGAUUCUGAACGAGGAGAAGAGGAUUGCCAUGGGAAUGGCACAGAAGGUCACCAUUGUGAAGAAGUUGGACAUUGUGCUUUCCUUUGUGCUGAUUCCCUUUGGGGUUUCCGCAGCCAUGCCGAUAAUAGAGAGCACGGGCAACUUCAUCAACUUCAUGCCCAUUCAGUUUGGUACGCUGUUCUCGCUCCACGUGAUCUUUGCUCCGAUUGUGUCAGAAAUGCUUAGAUCCCUGGUCUUUAUAUUCCUUGUCAAGCCGUUUGACGUCGGAGACAAGAUCCUUGUGGACGGAUACUUGCAUAAGGUGUAUGACAUGGGCCUUCUCUAUACCUCGUUUGUUGUGGACAAGAAGGUCAGUGUGAUUCCAAACGUCAAGGUCAUGGACAAGACGAUAGUUAACCUUAGGAACGCAAGGACAUCCCUGAAGUUGUUUGAGUUCACCUUCUCGAGCACCUCAGAGUUCAAGGACAAGAUAGAAAGGCUGAACGCUGCAAUAGAAAAGGAGGUGAACUCUGAUCCCAAUGUUUAUACAGGUAGGUUUGGGGUGUACGGAUACAACCUAAAGAAGAACUCGACGAUAGGAGUGAAGAUCGAGGUCGUCUUCUGGAUCCAGAACCAGGACAUGAAGGCCCUGUGGUCCAGAGAAGACGCAUUCAUAAUCGCUCUGCACGACAUCUUCAGGGAUCUUGGCCUGGUGCUAGAGUAG